CAUCCAGCGCUGCGGGCUCCGGGCUAUGGACGCCCCGGGUGCUCCGGCCCCAGCCGCCGCCCCCAGCUCGGCGAGGAAGGAGCUGAAGAUAGUGAUCGUAGGUGACGGCGGCUGCGGCAAGACGUCCCUGCUAAUGGUGUACUGCCAAGGCUCAUUUCCCGAGCACUAUGCCCCGUCGGUGUUUGAGAAGUACACGGCUAGUGUGACAGUGGGCAACAAGGAGGUGACCCUGAACCUCUACGACACGGCUGGGCAGGAAGACUAUGAUCGGCUGCGGCCCCUGUCCUACCAGAACACACACCUCGUUCUCAUCUGUUACGAUGUCAUGAACCCCACCAGUUACGACAACGUCCUCAUCAAGUGGUUCCCUGAAGUCACACAUUUCUGCCGAGGGAUCCCCACGGUGCUGAUCGGCUGCAAGACAGACCUGAGGAAGGACAAGGAGCAGUUGAGGAAGCUCCGGGCAGCCCAGCUGGAACCCAUUACCUACACACAGGGCCUGAGUGCCUGUGAACAGAUGCGAGGCGCACUCUAUCUGGAAUGUUCUGCCAAGUUUCGGGAGAACGUGGAAGACGUCUUCAGGGAAGCCACCAAGGUGGCCCUCAGCGCCCUGAAGAAAGCACAGAGGCAGAAAAAACACAGGAUCUGUCUGCUGCUGUGACCCAGGAGGCAGAGAGCCUGAGUGGAACUGUCACGGCCGGGGACCCAGGCCCAGCCUCCAUCACAUCUCUGCGGUGUCUGGCAUCUGGGGCUAGACUCUCAGAACAUUCUGGAACGGCCCCCUUUGGGUUCAGGCUGUAGUUCACUAGUGAAUGAGGGUGCCAGACCCACCAAUGUUCCUCUACCCCAGAACUGGCACUUGUCCCAGGCCACAGGAGGGCCCUUGUCACAGCUCCUCUUUGCCCCAAGCCAUGCGUGUCUCUCCCUUUCCAAACCCAAUUCAUGCCUGAAAUGCAGAACGGCACCGGGAAUUGUGGGUAAACACGGAUAUGCAACACUGUUCACGAGCGUCCCAAGCCCACUGUUUCUGUCACGGUCUCCCUGAGCUACUGAGAUAGGCUCGGCUACAUCCUCCAGCCCCUUCCUGCUUCCCCUCAGGAACCUGGGGACCACAGCCUAUCAGGAGAACACAGGCAUCAAGCCGGACAUGGAGCUGGCACCAGCCUCUCCCUCCCUAUCUAUGGCACUGAGGACUUCUGUCUCAGGCUUGGUCACAGCCUGAGAUGCAUGUUCAGAGGGAGAAGAAACAAUCUCUCAAAAUGUCAAAAUAUACUCAGGCCAGCCAGGCUACCCACCUGAUCCAGGUCUGACCUCCAAACCCCCAGCCAACUCUCACUGGAAACUCCAAUGCUUAUACCACCUUUAGGAGCCUCAGGCAAAUGGGCUCUCUCCCUAGACUAUGGCCCACCUGUAAGUGGCCAGGAUUUGGUCAUUUAGAUAGUCAAGCUUCUUGCCACCCAACUCAGUUUCUGCUUCUACCGGAUGUGGAGCUCAGGAGUGGACUAUCUCUGCCUCAUUCCAGAACUAACAUGGCCACCCCUGCCCACGCUGGAGAGUUUCUCAGAACUAGCCUGCUGACCACCAGUGUCUCCAACAGCAAAAUUCUUAAGUCCCAACGCUCCUUCCGGAAGGUCUAGAGUCUGCCUUUCAGAACUGUUCAAGCCCAAUAUACCAGGUAGGUUUAGUGCCGCCAAAAUGAAGGCAUCGUCUGAGAAGAAACCAUGGCCUUGGCUGGCCCAUCUGCCACAGCACUACUUGACUUGGCCCCCCAGAGUCAGAUUGCCAAGGAAAGAGACUUCUGGUCCCCUUUCCCAAAUGCCCCAAUGCCCUGCAGAGCCAACCAAGGACCUCUUGUUCUCUCAGAAUCCAGGGCCUUGUGGACAGAUUGUGGUAUACAGCAACGGUCAGCAAACCACAACCUAUGGGUCACAUGUGGCCACUGCCUGUUUUUGUAAAUAAAGUUUUAUUGAACAGCCACAA